AUGCGCGUCGGAAGUGAAUUGCUGUGGAAGGCUCGAAGAGUUUUCUUCUUGGAUAUCAGGAGGAUGGCUUCGCAUAAGGUCCUAACGAGCGCUUCCAUCAAUCCAAAUGUGGUCACGAUGCAGUAUGCAGUUCGGGGACCGAUUGUGAUUCGGGCUAAUGAGCUCGAGAAGGAAUUGAAACAGGGAGCGAAGAAGCCAUUUACGACCGUGAUCAAGGCGAAUAUCGGUGAUGCUCAUGCUAUGGGACAACGGCCAAUCACUUUUAUUCGUCAGGUUCUCGCCUGUGUCAGUGACCCUUCGUUGAUGGAAGGCGAAGGUCCUCUCUCGUUCCCAGCUGAUGUCCUCGAUCAUGCGCGUGCUAUUUUGGAGGAUUGCGGCGGAAAAUCUACUGGUGCCUACAGUAACUCAACGGGUGUCGACAUUAUUCGCAAACAUGUGGCUGAAUAUAUCACUAAACGCGACGGCGGUAUUGCUUGUGAUCCCGAAAAUGUGAUUCUUUCUGGCGGGGCUUCGGAAAGCAUUCGAAAUGUCCUGAAGAUGUUUGUCAAUCGUGAUGCUAAAAAGAAGACUGGUGUGAUGAUCCCCAUCCCGCAGUAUCCGCUGUACUCGGCUUCGAUCGAGGAAUUCAACCUUGGCCAGGUCGGCUAUUUCCUGAAUGAAGAGGCUGGCUGGGCUCUUGACGAGAAAGAAUUGGAGCGUUCGUUGAAGGAGCACAGCGAGAAGUACGACAUCAAAGUCAUCUGCGUUAUCAACCCUGGAAAUCCUACUGGCCAGGUUUUGACGCGUGAGAACAUCGAGAUGAUUAUCCGUUUCGCGCAGAAGCACAACCUCUUCGUGUUGGCGGACGAGGUGUACCAGGAUAACGUUUAUGCCGAGGGCUCAAAGUUCCAUUCUUUCAAGAAGGUUGUUUCCGAAAUGGGCGCACCAUAUGACAAGAUCGAGCUCGCUUCUUUCCAUUCCGUUUCGAAGGGUUACAUGGGUGAAUGUGGGAUGCGAGGUGGCUACGUGGAGUUUAUGAAUUUGGACCCGGAGGUUUACGUGCUUUUCAAAAAGAUGAUUUCCGCCAAGCUAUGCUCUACCGUCCUUGGCCAGGCCGUCAUCGACACCGUCGUCAACCCACCAAAGCCCGGAGAACCGUCCUACGAUCUGUGGAAAAAGGAGCGAGAUGCUGUCUUGGCUUCAUUGAAGGAACGCGCGACUCUGGUCCGUGAGGCUUACGGCUCGAUCGAGGGUAUCACUUGCAACCCAGUACAAGGAGCCAUGUAUGCCUUCCCGCAAAUUCACCUGCCUGAGAAGGCCGUCAAGAAGGCCGAGUCCCUCGGACAGAAGCCAGAUUUCUUCUACGCAAUGCGCCUGCUCGAAGAGGCCGGCAUCUGCAUUGUCCCCGGAUCAGGCUUUGGUCAGAAAGAUGGCACCUAUCAUUUCCGAACCACCAUCCUCCCCCAACCCGUGCUAAUGAAGGAAAUGCUGGCGCGCUUCAAGGAGUUCCACACGAAAUUCAUGAACGAGUUUAAG